AUGCUCCUUCAAGGCCGAGAAAAGGCGAUCCCGGCCACCUGGGCCUGGAAGAAAAUGAUGCGCUUUGUGGUCAUCUUUAUAUCUGUGGCAGGUUUCGCCGCUCUAUUAUGGCCUUCGUCCGAUGAACACAAUACGCUGCUAUAUACCCCCUCCAAUAUUACCAUUUCCAAGUCCGUGAAGUGUGAUCCAGAUCUUGAAACCUUGCGCCGACUCGAUGUCAAGACACUAGCCGCCUACACGCGUCGGGAGAUGCUAGUGAAUAUAACGGACGAAUCGCUACCUAUAACCCAUGCGCUCGAUAUGCCGCUACUAUCCAUGAAAAAUACUAAGACAUCGCAGCAUGUAGGUGUCGAGGAGAUAUCAGAUGGCUGCACCGUUCCAAUCCCAGUGUCUGUGCAAGUCCCCCAACCACCGAAGUUGGCCGAUGCUUCUCACAUUGAUUUUGGCGUUGCUACAACUAUAUCGCGACUGAACGACUCCCUGGAUCAAUUUGCUCAUUGGGCAGGCUAUACACGCACCCGAAUUUUUGCUUUGGUAGAACCCGAGAAGGAUAGUGGAAAUGGAGUCAACUAUCUAAGGACCAAGGCCGACGCUCUUGGCAUUAACCUGGUGGUCACGGUAUCUGAUGACGACUAUCUGUACCGCUAUUUUGCCCUCGUCCCAUUGCUGCAGCAGAACAUGCGCGAGUCAACACGCUGGGGGUGCAUUAUCGAUGACGACACGUUUUUCAUCUCCAUGGCGGCUCUGGUAGACGCAAUGGAUGGCUACGAUCAUACAAAGCCCAUGUAUGUUGGAGGUUUAUCAGAGGGAAUGCCACAGAUUGCUGUAUUUGGCAUGAUCGCGUUUGGAGGCGCUGGCGUCUUCUUGUCGAGACCACUCUUGAAUGAAAUCACAGCCGUGUACAAUGAAUGUGAACAGAUGACAUAUACCGGUGACCGCCGUCUCGCUAACUGCAUUUACCAAUACACAACAACGCGAUUGACCGUGGACCAUCGGCUCCGCCAACUAGAUUUGAUGAAGGAUGCCUCUGGAUUCUUCGAGUCAGGCCGAGAACCACCUCUGUCGGUGCACCAUUGGAAAUCCUGGUUCGAAAGCAACAUUCCCAAGCUCGCUGUGAUCUCCAACCUUUGCGGAGACACAUGUCUGCUGCGUCGGUGGUUCUUCAAUGACAAUUGGUACCUGACGAAUGGGUUCUCCAUUGUUCAAUAUGGCUUCGAGAACACCCCUGCCCCGAACGACAUCACCAUGGAAAUGUCCUGGGAACCGCACAAUGGUGCAACCGACGAAUCUUACCUACACGAGCUAGGUCCUCUCCGCCGUAAGGACGAUGGUAAAGUCAGCUACCUACUCGAAGAUGCUAUCGUCGACUCAGAUGGCCGUGUAAGACAAUGGUACAUUAAGCGUGAUUCGAAGAACGGUGAUGAGAUUAUAGAGCUCUUGUGGCGUAAACAGUGA